AACGAUCUUUCAGCCCUGGCUAUGAGGCCAGUCUUCCCGCUGUUCAUCGCCUUGCUCCUGCGGGAAGGCCAUGCUUCCUCAUUUACCCUACAGCCUGAGGACAGAGUUGUAGUUGCAGGACACCCAGUCACAUUGUCCUGUGCAGUCGCAGGGUAUCAUGGGAUUGUCCUGUGGACAAAGGACGGCCUGGGAUUGGGAGUCGAGAAGCAACUGCCAGGUUUUCCACGUUAUUCCAUUGUGGGAGACCAUGCAGCUGGUGAAUACAGCCUCCGCAUCGAGAAAGCAGAACUUAUUGAUGAUGCAGUGUACGAAUGUCAGGCAACACAUGCAGCCCUGCGAUCCCAGCCUGCUCGGCUGACAGUACUGAUCCCUCCAGACAACCCAGUGAUUAGCAGUGGGCCUGUUGUCAGCCUGAAAGUAGGAGACUCUCUGAACCUCACAUGCCGUGCAGAUAACGCCAAGCCAGCAGCUGUCAUCACCUGGAUCCGAGAUGGAGAACCACUGAAAGGAGCAACCUACAUAAAGAGGCUUCUGAAAGAUGGGAAAAGAGAGAGCAUCAUCAGCAGCCUACACAUCCCGCCAUCAGAAAUCGAAAAUGGGCAACGCAUCAUCUGCAGAGCGAAGAACGCAGCAGUCCCAGAGGGCAGGGAAACAGAAGUCACGAUUGAUAUCCAACACCCACCUCUGGUGAACCUUACAGUGGAGCCACAGCCUGUCUUGGAAGGAAGCACGGUGAGAUUCCGAUGCUCAGCCAAGGCAAACCCAGCAGUCAGCUCAUACAGAUGGGCCAAGGGUGGUCAGUUGCUGAGAGGUGUUCUGGGUGAGACGUAUGAAACCAUUGUGGACUACACCUUCUUCACAGAGCCUGUGUCUUGUGCUGUGUCUAACCCAUUGGGAAGUACAAACAUCAGCCGAACUGUCGAUGUGUAUUUUGGUCCCCGGCUGACAUCUGAGCCUCAGUCUCUCUCUGUGGACUUGGGUUCAAGUGCCAUCUUUAACUGUGCCUGGACUGGAAAUCCAUCUCUCACUAUCGUGUGGAUGAAGCGAGGCUCUGGGGUGGUUCUCAGCAAUGAUAACGUCAUGACUCUAAAGGCUGUGGCCCAGGAGGAUGCUGGGAAGUACGUGUGCAGGGCUGUUGUUCCACGAGUUGGUGCUGGGGAGAGGGAAGUCAGCCUGACAGUCAAUGGACCCCCCAUCAUCUCCAGCACACAGAUGCAGCAUGCUCUGCAGGGCAAGAAAGGACAGAUCAAAUGUUUCAUCCGGAGUACACCUCCACCUGACAGAAUAGCUUGGUCAUGGAAGGAGAACAUUCUAGAAUCAGGGACCUCAGGACGUUAUACAGUGGAGACAGUGAGCAUGGAGGAGGGCGUGAUCUCCACACUAACUAUCAGUAAUAUUGUGAGGGCAGACUUCCAAACAAUUUACAACUGCACGGCCUGGAACAGCUUUGGUUCUGAUACAGAAAUUAUUCGCUUGAAAGAACAAGAGGCGCUCUCACUGGCUGUCGUCAUUGGCGUAGCAGUUGGUGCUGGAGUGGCUUUCAUUGUCGUCUUGGCAACCAUCACGGUUAUUUGCUGCUCGCGCUCCCAGAGAAAUGGUAAAGGCGAUGUCUCUGCUAAAAAUGAUAUCCGUGUAGAAAUAGUCCACAAGGAUCACAAUGGAACCCAGCAACCUGGAGAACAGACAACAAUUAAAAAUGUGAUGAUCAACAGAGGAGAGUUUGAGCAGGACCCGGUGCUGAAACAACUGGAAGUUCUCAAGGAAGAGGAAAAGGACUAUCAGCACAUUAAGGAUCCUACCAAUGGCUAUUACAGCGUCCGCACCUUCCCAGACCUGCAGCCAGCCAGCAACACUGCCACUGUGGGGUGCCCUCCUGAUCACAGGCCCAAUGUGAAGCAGCGGGUGCCCACAGGGAUGUCCUUCUCCACCCUCUACACACAGCUGAGUGCGGCCAACCGCAUGUACGAGUAUGGGCAGCGUUUCGUGCUGGGCAACGGCAGCAGCUCCAUCGAGCUGUGCGAGCGGGAGUAUCAACGGGGCUCCAUGAGUGACAGUAACUCCUUCCUGGACAACCAGUGCAACAGCAGUGUCAGCAGCAACAGCAAACAGGACAGCUCGGUCCAGUUCGAUGAGGCCAGCAAGGCCUCUGCCUCCUCCCACUACUCGCACUCCUCCUCGCAGAACUCAGAUUUAACACGACCAUUGCAGAGACGGAUGCAGACCCAUGUCUAA